GGGCGUCCCGCCGAGGCUGACGGGAGGUGUCCCAGGGAGGGUGUCCCGCCGAGGCUGACGGGAGGUGUCCCAGGGAGGGCGUCCCGUGGACGUCAGCCGGAGGUGACGCACGGCGCCGUUUCCGCUCAGUGAUGGCGGCUCUCAGGCAGGCCCCGGCGUCGGUUCGGCCUCACUGAGGCGGGUCCCGGUCCCGGAGCCGCUCCCGUCCCGUCCCCGGCCGCGGGGGAACGGCGCCCGCACUCCGGACAAGCUGGAGAGGGCGGGCAGGCUGCGGCCGGCGGCGACCAUGAUGAAGAACCAGUGUCUGCUGGGGCUGAAAACCUUCGUGGCGUUCGCGGCCAAAGUCUGGAGCUUCAUCGUCUACAUCCUGCGGCGGCAGAUCCGUACCAUUAUUCAGUAUCAGACCGUUCGAUAUGAUAUUCUACCUCUCUCGCCCAUCUCAAGGAACAGACUCGGUGAAGUGAAGGGGAAAGUGCUGGUGCUGGACCUGGACGAAACGUUAAUUCACUCACACCACGACGGGGUGCUGAGGCCGACAGUCCGGCCAGGGACGCCGCCCGACUUUAUAUUAAAGGUUGUGAUCGACAAACACCCAGUCCGGUUCUUUGUCCAUAAACGACCGCACGUCGACUUCUUCCUGGAGGUGGUGAGUCAGUGGUACGAGUUGGUCGUCUUCACAGCCAGCAUGGAGAUAUACGGCUCUGCUGUUGCUGACAAGUUGGACAAUAACAGAGGCAUCCUAAAGCGAAGGUAUUACAGACAGCACUGUACACUGGAGCUGGGCAGCUACAUUAAAGAUCUCUCAGUGGUGCACAGUGACCUUUCCAGCAUCGUCAUAUUAGACAACUCACCUGGAGCCUACAGAAGCCAUCCAGAUAAUGCAAUACCCAUUAAAUCAUGGUUCAGCGAUCCCAGCGACACGGCACUGCUGAACCUUCUACCAAUGCUUGAUGCAUUACGGUACGUGGAGGGGCAUCGUGAGGAGGCUAAUCGAAUUUCAGCUCCUGGGGUUUACAGCAGAUGUCCGAUCAGUGCUAAGUCGGAACUUACAUCAGCACCGGUUAUGGUGACCCUCAACUCCUGCCCCCUCAACCAUGGGACGACCUAUGCCUUAUCGUCAUUGGCACCCCAAUAUCCGGCCUCUCCGACCCUCUCCCCCCCUUGCCCUCUCUCCUCCUGUUUGCCCCCUCACGUGACGCAGUUUACUACCCAUCUCUGUCCUACUUCCGAUGUCCCUUGCCCUCCAUCCCUCCUCCCCCCACGCCAUGUCUCGGGCACGGGCACCUGUCUGGUGAACUGGCCUCUCCGUGCCCCCUGGAGAUCGGUCGCCAUGCACACACGUUACACACGCACUCACACACGCACUGUGCCGGACGUAGCCACGUGCCUGUGAUGUCCAUGUGCCGACACACUCCGUACAGACGACAAUGAUGCAGAGGGACAGUAUUGUACAGCGUUUGUGGGGAAAGGUUUGAUCCCCCUCACGCAGAUUAUGAAGCUCAUAUUUUUUCUCCCCACUUUCCCUAUUUUUAAAAAAAAUGUUCUUGUAUUAGAAAAGUCGAACUCUUUCUCCCCCCUCUACACCACCCCCCCCACCCCUCUGUUUGUUUCUCUUCUUCCCCCACUGCUCUUUCCCUGAACUUACACUGACGUUGGAUGGUGUAAGAAAAACCGGACAGCUCCACUAUCACCCAGAUACAUACAGCCCGAGAAUCUCUCUCGCUCUCUCUCCCCACCCACCUUUAUGCUGUAUGUAGUACCCUGUAAACAACACCACCAGAUGAAAACCAUGCGAUUAUCUCAACGCGGGCAAGUCUCUCGUGCCAGCACCGGCUUGGUUUUGUUGAUGGGACCGAAGAGAAUCUGGGAAUGUCGGAGAUCAUUUGGGGAAUCGCCCACAGAGCUCGUUGCCACGUCAACUUGUCCAGAAGGAGCACCUUGCAGAUUGCAACGUAAUGCACCCUCUCAGCACUUCCCGGCCACUCCAAUCUCCUUGUCUGAACUGUCCCGUCCUCCCAGGGCUGAGAGCCCCGUCUAUCCUCGAAUCCCGGACUGCUGGGACUUUGGUUGUGAAGCAUCCAACAUGUGUGAUAAAAUCCGCAGUGGGGGCAGCUGCUUCCCGGACUUGAUCUGUUGAAAACUCUCUCAAUGGAACAACUGGUUGGAAAUGGGCUCCGACGGGAGCCAUACUCUGUGUUAAACCAUAUGUUACCCUGACUACCUCCUUCCUACGUGGGUGCAGAAUAAAUUAACAUGGUUUUUUCCAUUUAACAAUAAAACAUUUUUAUUUAAA